AUGGCACUGAGGGUGGCACGAGCAUUCCGUACCGUGAGGUACGAGACUGCCACCCUCCUGGCUGGUUUGACCCCCAUCUGCCUGCUGGUGGAGGAGGACGCCCGGGUCUACCAGCGACUAAGUGCCACCAACCGCUCCGACACGAGGGCGAACAUCCGCAAGCAGGAGCGACAGGCCACCAUCGCAGAAUGGCAGCAGCAGUGGGAUGCAGAAGCAGACACCAGCCGGUACACGCGUUGGGCGCACCGUGUACUACCCAACAUCAGCGACUGGCAGUCAAGGAAGCAUGGAGAUGUGUCGUUUCAUUUGUGCCAGGUCCUCUCGGGACAUGGCUUGUUCCGGGACUACCUGUGUCGCAAUGGCUUCACAUUAUCCUCUGACUGCCAGCGGUGCAGCGGCGUUCCUGAGACCCAGCUACUCGGCGAUGGAAGUACGGACCCGGUCCGUCCGGAAAACCUCCAGCAGCACCUAUUGCGCGAUGCCGAGAGCUGGAGCCGUAUCAGCGAAGCUGCUAAGCGGAUAACGGCUCAACUUCAGCAAGCCUGGGACGACGAGCGAGCAGCCCUAGCAGCCCAGGGCAACGAGCAGCACGUGGAGGAUGUUGCCGACUUAGAGGCACGAACUGCGGCCCGCCGUGCAGAUCUUCGACUGCGGCAGGCGCGGUUUAGCGAGAGAAGGCGUCAAGUGAUGCAGGACGCGAGACGCCUGUAUGGGGACAGCAGUCCUGCUUCAGCAUCCUCCAGCAGUAGCAGCGACGACGACGAUUCAGACGGCCGAAAGCGCGCGCACAUCGCUGCCGGACCGUCUGGAAGGCGCAACCGCGCCAACGAACGAGCGGAUGAAGCCACGGACCGUGGCCUGAGUGCUUCAGAAGAAGCGGCUGCGGUCGAGGCAGAAGUUGCCUCCCGCUAG